UUGACGUGGGUUCGAAUCUCUGGCUUUUCUUUUGUCUUUUUUUGUUCUCUGACCUGUUUUAUUUGAAAAUUUGAUCGUCUUGUUUCUUUAAAAAAAUUUUUUAGAGAUUUUUUUCUAUUUUUUAGACUUUUUCUAAGUGAAUUUUGUUCUUUAUUAAAUUACUUUAACUUUCGACUCAAUGAAUAAUUGGCUGCAAAACAUAAAAGGACAAAUUACCGAAUUAGCAACAGAAGUUUUAAACGAUGCUACAGAAGAAGGACAAGUAUCAACAACUAGUGAAUUACAAAUUGAAAAGAAAAAAUCAACAGAAUGUGAACGUUUAUAUUUGGUUGAAAAAUCAAAAUGUGAAGCUUUGGAGAAAAAAUUGGUGGAAAUGGAAGAACAACUUUAUAGUGUAAAUAUUGAAAAUGAUGCGGUUAAAGAAAAAUUUAUGGCGAUUGUUGCGGAUAGAGAUGAGAUGAUUAAAAAAUUGGAGAGGAAAAUGGAAAGACUAAAAUUUCACCAAGAAAAUCAAGAGGGAAGUUUCCAGAAUAUUGAACUUGACUCUGUUUCAACAUCUAGAGAAGAAGGAGAGCUUUCUAGUCAAAUUUCUAAACUUAAAGAGAAGCACGAAAAUGAAAUUUCUGCAAUUUUGUCUGUACACAAUUCUAAUGUUAAACAACUUAAGGAGGAUUAUGAGAAGAGAAUUGAACAGCUUGAGACUUGGAAUGCUUCUUAUUUAAACGAACAAACUUCCGCUGAAAAGGAUGAAGCUUUACUAGCUGACAUUAAUUUGUUAAAAUGA